AUGCGCCUUCACCUCACUGGUGAAGAAGGGUCCUAUGUCGGUUGGGACGAGUGCAACGACUACAAGAUCGUCCACUCGGACAAGCAUAGGGCGAGAGUGAACCUUUUCGACAAGGUCGUGCGCCAUGUGCGCCACGUCCUUGUCGCCACCGGCCGGCUCGCUCCACCUAUCGUUGCUCGUCACAACAGCCGCCUCACAUUUGGCAUGGAGCUCGAGAUGGUGGUUGUGGGCUGGUCGAGUGAGAAGACAGGAUUCAACGCCGUCGAAGGGUCCUUCAACCGAAUCAAGUGGGCGGGGGAGAAGUCUUACGAGUGCCAAGUUUACCAUGGCACAGGAAGCCCAGACCGAUCAAAAUUCCUGAUCAUGAGGGAUGGCAGUAUCAACUCACGCGUCUGCGUGAAGCCCUGGUUGAAGAUCCCCAGCAGCCCUCGUGGCCAGACCACCGGUAACUCGACCGUCGAGGAGCGUCGCCUUGUGGCGAACAAGAUUCUUGCGCCAAAGAGCCCUGAGGAGGAAAGGAAGGCGUGGUGGUCGAGGGGCUCGAAUGAUACCUACUACCUCACUCGUGAGGAAAAUGUGACCAAAUGGUUGGAGGAAUAUCUCCAUGACCUCUCAGACCCGUGCUUCAUAUUGGGAGCCCCUGUUGAAAUGUGCACGCCGAUCUUGACUCAGGACACAUACGAGCCGGCUAUUGAAUCCGUGCUAUCACACUUGACUGAGGAUUUGGCGUUGCAUUUCAACGAGAGCACGGGUCUGCACGUGCACGUGGGCUGUGGCAAAGGCAACUCGUGGAAACUCGAGGAGCUUCAGGCAAUCGCUAAGGCGGUGUUCCUCUUUGAGGAUGUCAUCGACCUGAUGCACGCAGCCCACCGCGUGGAGGAGAACUGGAUGAUCGCCUCCAAUAGAUGGAAUCCAGCUGUACGGGGCCUCACCAUCGAGGAAGCUUUUUCUGUGAUCGACGCCACCCUCUCGACGCAAGAAUUCCUCAACGUGGUCGGAAACAGGAAGUGGCACAAGUACAACUUCACCACCAACGACAUGUACGGUACCAUCGAAUUCCGACAGUCCGAAGCACAUGGGAACCCCAAAAAGGCGGUUGAAUGGAUCCGCUUCAUCUCUUGUUUUGUGUCCGCCGCACUAGGAGCUGCCAAGUGGGAGUGGGCCAUGUGGGCAGAGCAACUAGGAGGGGAGGCGGUGGGGAACAAGCCCAGGCCUGAACGUCGCCUAAGCUACCUUCACCUUUCAGAGGAUACCUGGGAACGUUUCGGCAUACCUUCCCAUCUACGCCGCCUCAUACCGGAGAUGUAUGAGGAGCAUACAUACCGGGUCCGUAUGGCAAAGCUGUCGGAAGUUUACGAUGCCGCUGCCGCCUGUGCUCCGAAUUUCAUCCGCAACGUUGCCGCGGGCGAUCGCCAGCCAAGUCCUAGCGAUUAG